AUGGGCGACGUUCCAGAUAAUGAGGACUACGCAAUGCAGAAGACCACUCCGGAUGCGCCCAAGCCAAAGGUUCUUAUGGGAUGCUAUCAGGAGACUGCACGUGGUCGGUCGCUGGGUACAUACGCACCUCUGAACCAAGCCCAGAUGUCUCCGCAGCGGUGCGAGACUCACUGCAAGCAAUACAAUUCGCAGAUGUUCGGCGUCAGCCGUACUUGGUGCUUUUGCGGCGAUACGCUUGGAACAGGAACCAAAGGUGCUCCGCUCAGUCAAUGUAACAUACCAUGUGCGGGAGACAGCGAGGAAUUCUGCGGCGCGACACUUCGUGUCAACAUCUAUGGCCCAGAAGAGCUUUUGACUGAACCUCUUGUGCCCAGCACUGCGAAGCCAGCAGGCUGCUGGCAGGAACCAACGGGCGCGAACCGAAAGGCGCUCAACGACUAUCCCAGUCUUUCAAAUGCCGGCAUGACAGUCCAGAUGUGCCAGGACCACUGCUCUGCAUACCAAGCUCACCUGUUCGGGGUGGAGAAUGGCAGAGAAUGCUACUGUGGUAUGACGACCAAGAACAAUCCGACCCGCAAGCCCAACACCGCGUGCAAUCGGCCUUGCGUGGGCAACGAUGGCAAGUUCUGCGGUGCAACCAACCACUUCAAUCUCUAUGAGCUGGACUUCUCACAAUACAAGAGCAUCGGACAAUGGGGGGACCUCAUUCAAUUUCCUGUCAUCCCAGUGGCAAUUGCUCUCAUGCCCGAGAGCGGUAACCUCCUCGCUUGGUCUGCGGGCUGGGCGAACAGGUGGACCUUUGCAGGUAACGGCAGAACUCAUAGCGCGAUUUAUGACGCGAAGUCCAAGACGGUCAGCGAGCAAAUUGUCACCAAUACUCAACACGACAUGUUCUGCCCUGGGAUUACCAUGAACUCGAAUGGCAAGAUCAUUGUCACAGGCGGCUCCACCCACCAGAAGACUAGCAUCUUCGAUACGAUUGGCAACACUUGGUCCAGAGCCGCCGAUAUGGCCAUUCCUCGCGCCUAUCAAUCCUCGACCCUCACUUCCGACGGCCUGGUCUUCUCCAUCGGUGGCGACUUCCGCGGUGCCGGUGCGAAAAAUGGAGAAGUCUAUAAUCCUGUGAACAACACUGCUCGUGCCCUACCAGGCGCCCCCGUUGCACCUAUGCUCAUGGCCACCGGUCGUGGCUCCUUCCGCGCAGACUCUCAUGCUUGGCUGUUCGGCUGGAAAGAUGGCAGUGUCUUCCAAGCCGGUCCUUCGCGGGCGAUGAACUGGUACGGAACGCGUGGAACCGGUUCGUAUAAAGGUGUUGGCAAUCGUGGCAGUGAUCCGGACAGCAUGUGCGGAGUGUUCGUCAUGUACGACGCCACUCAAGGCAAGAUCCUGACACUCGGAGGAAGUCCCACGUAUGAUGGUUCGCCGUCGACAAGCAGCGCCCACAUCAUCACGAUUGGAGAGCCCAAUCAGCCUGUAAAUGUGGAGAGAAUUCAGGACGGCGCUUACAGACGUGGAUAUGCGAACGGCGUUGUGCUGCCUGAUGGUAAAGUCUUCAUCGUCGGUGGACAGACGCAGACACUGCUCUUCUCUGACUCGAAUCCUGUUCUAUUCCCUGAGAUCUUCGAUCCGGCAACCAAGUCUUUCUCGAAGCUGAGGGCACACAUGAUCCCGAGAAACUACCAUUCGACUGCUAUCCUCAUGCCUGAUGCGACUGUCUUCUCUGGCGGAGGUGGUUUGUGCAAUGGAUGCUCGGCUAACCACUUCGACGGACAAAUGUUCAGCCCUCCUUACCUGUUCGAAGCGGACGGUAUCACACUGGCGAAGCGUCCGAGCAUCUCUUCUGUCAAUGGAGCCGGCAACGUGGCGAAGGUUCCUCUUGGUGGCAGCUUGGACAUUCAGAUGGAAGGCGCCGGCAGCUACAGCUUCUCACUGAUCAGAAUGGGAAGUUCGACACACGCUGUCAAUACCGAUCAGAGACGCAUCCCGCUGCAGGCUACUGGAAGCGAGAACAGAUAUCAGGCGAGCAUUCCAAAGGAUGCAGGUGUCGCGCUCCCAGGUUACUGGAUGCUCUUUGCUGUCGAUGGCAACGGAGUUCCAAGUGUGGCCAAGACCGUGCAUAUUGCGUUGCCAUAG